AUCGAAAAAUAUACUUGUACGGUGCUGCCAGAAAUUCCAAAUCACACAGCUGUAUUCUGGCCGCGCAUUAGCCGCGACAUUGUUGCGAAUUUUAAAGAACGUUGACGUUGCCUAUUGUAGCCGGGUCGCAUCGAAUUACAUUUACUGUAUACGAAAUGUCCGAUGAUCCGGACUAUUUAUUUGCACUGAAAUUACAGGAGCAGCUCAAUGGCGAAAAAUCUGACAGCAAGUCGGAAACAGCUCGUGAAAAGCCUGAGAUGGAGUCUGGUCAUGAUGAUAGUGACUACCAAUUGGCUCUGAAGCUUCAGGCCGAAAUAAAUGCCGAAGAUGCAGACGUCAGCGACAAUGAGACUGUUGACAAUGAAGAAGUCUUUGCCCUCGACAUGACCAGCUCUAAACCAAGUUCUAGCAACAGCAGCAACAACACGAAGAAUAACAACAACAAAAAUAAUAGAGAUCUAAACAAGGACACACCUCCAAGCCGCAAGGAAAAUAUGGACCUAAUGAAGGCACCCAGCUCUUCGCCAGUUGGUUACAAUAACUAUUUGGAUCAGACACAAAAUCUAGUGCAUCCGGAGUGGGAGCUAGUUGAUCCCACACCCGACAUAUUUGCCAUGUUUGUCCGCUUCGAUCAGAAGUUCUUUCAGAAGCGUCUGGGCGCCGUUGUUGUGGAGUGGAGCAAGCGCAUGUAUUCCUGUGCUGGCAUUUGCUAUCAGCGUGGUAAUCGAUUCGUUAAGGAGGUAAUCAUACGGCUCAGUGAGCCGCUGCUGAAGCUGCGUCCACGCAAGGACUUAGUCGAAACAUUACUGCACGAAAUGAUACACGCCUAUUGCUUUGUGCUCAAUAUACGCGAGGGUAAUGGCGGACAUGGACCAAACUUUAAGCGCAUCAUGGGCAUCAUUAAUAAAGUGGCUGGCACCAAUAUUACUGUCUAUCAUACCUUUCACGAUGAGGUGGAUGCCUAUAAGACUCACAUCUGGCGCUGCAAUGGAGUCUGCCAGUAUCACAAUCCUUUCCAGGGCUGGGUGAAGCGCACCUCGAACCGCCCGCCCGGCCCGAGCGAUCAAUGGUGGGCCAAGCAUCAGCGCGAUUGCGGCGGCACCUUCGAAAAGGUGAGCGAGCCACCCAAGCCACCUGGCAGCAAAUCAAUGCCAAAACCCAAAGGCCCGAAGUACACAACCAAAUUCAAGAAUGAAACAACAACAACAACAGCUGGUGAUGAUAUACGCAACUAUUUUGGCAAGCCAAAACAUACAGUUAACCUAUUGCCACAAGUGCAGCCGGCUCUCGGUCUGCCGGGUGCCUUUCCGCCCACAUCAUAUCCGGGCUUAUCGAACAACCCCCUUGGUGGCCUCGCGCCAAGCUCUGGCACCAAGAGGCGUGACAAUGUGGUUGGCUUCAAAGACCUGAUCGAUCUAAGUAGCGCCGACGAGGACAGCAAAGGCGAUACCAAAGCCACUUCAUCGAACCGAGAUGAAAUGCACGGCAAGGGCUACAGUUUGACCAACGGCAGUACCGACGCCACUGCCAGCCCUGCUCGCUUGUCGGACACUGUCAAUCGCAAUCAUUUGCGUGAGGUGUGGUCAAAGCGUUUCGAAAACGAUAAUCAAAAGAAGGAGAAGAUGGAGGUAAAGGUGAAGAAGGAGAUCAAGCAGGAGCCAGAAUUCAAGCAAAACAAUCCAAGCAAGCGUCGUCGGGUUUCCCAAAAUAUCGACGGCUGGGUGUCCUACGAUAAGGAUGUAAUGGUAUGCGAUGUGGUCGAGCCUGUCAUUAAUAUUUCAGACAGCGACGACGAUGUGAAGCCGGUGCCCAAGGCGCCGACACCAAACGUUGCCAAGAAGACUUCACAAUUGUCCAGCCAGGAGCGCACCAUCAACAUCAAGCGUGAGGUGAUGGAGGAUGAGACGCUGUAUGGGGACGAUGAAAUCUUCAUGAUUGAUGAUGAGUACGAUGAUAGCAUCAGUGAACUGAGUGCUGCCGCUGAGCUGGCCGAUCAGUCGAUCAUCGAUGAUCUGUUCGGCGAGGACACGCUCCUGCAGGAGUUCCAGCGUGAGAAUGAUGUGGUGCCCUGCAGUUCGCGCUAUCAAUACGAUGCUGGCAACGACAUAACCACCUGUCCCAUUUGCUUUGAGAAAAUGAAGCGUUCCGAGUUUUCCAAUCAUCUUGACGGCUGCAGCAUCACCAUCAGGGUGCCGCCGCCAACCAUUAAGCCGAACGCCCCACUGCCUGGCGACAGCAACAGCAUCAACAAGCCAAACAACAAACAUAAGCCAAAGGUGAACAAGCGCAAGUCCGCAACAUCAAAGCGUCAGAUUUUGAAGAGCUCCGGCUACUCGAGUGCCGACAUUGCUGCCUUAGAUCUCAGCUCAUCCAGUUCGUCCAGUGAGUCGGCCAGGACCAGUGAGAAUGACAUGACACCGCGUCAGAUGCGCCAGCGCUCACUCUACAAGCAGACCACAGAGUGUCCCAAAUGCGGCCAGGAGCUGCUUGGCCACCAAAUGGAAGCGCAUCGCAACAUCUGCAAGCGCUCCAAAUAAUUUAGCUAUAUCUAUGUAUACUACUCAAGUUGUCCGUUAGGUAUUUUCUGCUUGAAUAUCGGAAGUUUUAGAUGUGCCCAUUCAAAUAUUUUUGUUU